UGCAUAAUGUCACUAUAAAACAAUAUCCAGUAAAUGCUCCCAUGGUACUAAAAUACCUAACACUCUGUAAACCCUAUUGAUGACUGAGUGGGAAAAUCCCAGUAUGACAGUCUGACUGACACCAACAGCCAUGACACGUUCAGUCAAGUCACGUAGGUCACAUUUCUGGCCCACUCUGAUGCUCACUUUGAACAUUAACAGGUCGUGAUUGUAUAUUUAAGUUGAACAUGUGUACCUAACAAAGUGGCCAGUGAGUGUAAAUACCACUGAAGGCAGGUGACCCAUACAGACGCCCCAAAUCUCAAUAAACAGACGCAUCAAAGCAUCAUGUUGUGAUAACAAAUUUCACCAAACUGACAAAAACUCAAACUAAACAUAUUUUCUGGAUGCUUUUAUUUUUAUUCACUUUAUUCGCACCCAGUUUCAGAUUGUAGUUCAGCUUUAGCCAACUCUAAUAGCUAUGCAAGAAAACUCAGCUGAGUGUUUUCCUGCACUCUCAAGCUGUGCAGCGAGUACCGAUCUGAUUGGCUGAGAAGAAACACCAUCCCCGAGUAAAGCGAGGGAUGCCAGAGUGCUUAGGCAGUGCAUGGACAGAUGCAGACUGAGAGAAGACGGCGGCGAAACCAGCCGCACAUUUACGGUGGCGAUGCUGUGCGGUUGUGACACAUCCUCCCAGGAGUGAUGGGCUCUAAGUUGACCAGACAGAGAAGUCUCGAUUUUGAUAGCAAAUUGUCAAAAAGGAGACGCCAGAGGAAUGAUAUUCCUGGAGAGAGCGAGAGGAGUGGCGGCAGGAGCGGAGACUUCUUGUUUACCUCCCUGAUGCUCAAGUCCGACAAGCUUCCAGGGAUGCUGCGGAAAACCAACCACAGCCCAUAUGUCAGGCGGGUGGCUUGGGUCCGGGAAAUCCAGAGGCUUCUCCGAGAGCAGAAGAUGGAGCAAGCGGCCGAAGUGCUGAAAGUGCUGAGAAAGG